UCUUCUUUACAAAAAGCUAAAGACGCUUCACUAAUCCUGCUUAAUCACAUUCUACCACUACAUAGUCACCUACGCUCAUUACUUCCCCACUAAUAAAACCUUUAAUUACUCUUUUAAUCUCCUCUAACCCAAAAUUAUAUCCUCCCCCAAGCACAGCUGACUAUAUAUGCCAAACGAUCACGAUUCAAUCGAAUCACACAAAACCACUAAAGCAAAUAAAGCAACACCAAAUAGAUAAUGGCUUCAAACACCACUUUCCUCUUCUCCACCUUUACACUAUUCCUCCUCAUAAACAACACCACCGUCUCGGGUAGAUAUCUCCCGGCGGAGUCAUCCAACAUAGCGGCGAGGCUCCAAAGUGGAGGACUAAUGGAAUGCUGGAACGCAUUAUACGAGCUGAAAUCGUGCACAAAUGAGAUCGUUCUCUUCUUUCUCAACGGCGAAACAAAACUCGGUGUUAGUUGUUGUGAAGCCGUCGAAGUCAUCACAACUAAUUGUUGGCCUGCUAUGCUCACUUCUCUCGGAUUUACGCCUGAGGAAGCUAAUCUCCUCCGUGGCUUUUGCCAGCAUCCAAACUCCGGCGACUCUUCCCCGGCUCCUUCUCCCAUAAUAGCUUCAUUGUAAUUUCCAUAUUAAUUAAGAAAUGUUGAUUUUUAAAAAUCUCAUUAUUUAACAAAUUUUCAUAUGGAGCUUCUU